AUGGUGCUUCCUCAACCGCCCAAGGACUUCCGCAAAUCCUUCUACCCCAGCAAGGAUUUCAAGAGGCUGUUGGGUUUACCAGUUGACCAGCAGAAAGCCCCUCUGUUGCUCAACUACAUCCCGACUUACAAAUCUGUACUCCCUGACGUCCCAAGAAAAAGCAAGUCUCCUCCUUCAGCAAUAACUCCUCAAGCUGAAUCAUCAAGGCCUGACCAAGGAUCAACAUCUGGCCCUGUGGAGCAACCAUCAACCUCUGCUCUACAGCUGAUCCCACCUUCUCAACGCCAACGCCAACGCCAACGUCGAACUCCACUGUACACACCAGCAGGCAGAACUCGAAGCCGAAGACACCGAAGUGCCGAGGCGUCCUCAUACGAUCCAGCCAACCCCCCAACUGCUCUUCCAGCGAUCUAUUUUGGCACUAAGGUCACCGUUGUCGUUUCCGCCGACGAGAUGGGUCACAAAAAGGCUGUAGCAGACGACUUUCUACCUGACAUCCCCAACACCAUCACCAUACAAUCUUCACCAUCGCAAUCUCAGCCAAAACCAAAACCAAAGAGGCUGAAGAAAGCCCAAGCAAAGGCAACGGUAACUCAGAUUGAUUCUGAGGAUACCUUACCGAUCUCAAAAAUGGCCAAGGCGGAAAAAAGUACCUUUGUCGCCGAAAAGAGGCCUGCAAAGGCUGCUCUCUCUGAAUCCACCCGGUCAAAGAAGCUGAGGUCAGAGUCUGCCACAACCUCGGGGUCCUUGAAAUCCGAUGCCCUUUGGGCCCCUCCAAUCACCAUUGAGGACAAGCCAGUCAGAGUCAGCGACAGCGUGACUGACCUUGAAGUCGACAUUGCGCUCUCUACUGCUUUGCCCCUUCCAAAAGACCUCGAACGCAAUGCCGAGGUCAGCGAAUAUGAAAACUUCGCUCUGAUGUUGCAACACCCCGUACAAGCGAUCCAGCACGCCCACUCCUUCGCGAUGCAGGCCUUCGACAUUAAGAAGAAGUUGACCCACAAAACGAAAGAGACUGCUGGCUUGCUCAGGACCAUCAAUAAGGCCGAGGCCAAGAUGAAGACUUUGAUAGAUCAGGCCAAGGAAGCAAAACAAGUCCAAGAUGAGGUCGAUGAGAGGGCAGACGUUGCCAAGGCCGUUACUAAGGUCCUUAAAGCCGAGAAGAAGGAGGCCAAAGCAAAGACUGCCGAAGCCCAAGCCGAGCUCAUCGCUGCCUUGGCCACAAAGGACGCUGAGAUCAAAGCGGCGGACGAGAAAGCCUACGCCGAGAGGGCAGUCGACGUCCGUGAGGACUACAAGAAACAAGUGAAACAGGCAUGCAACAAGGGUUUCACCCGUGGUUGGAUGGCUGCCUUAAAGGAGUUGGUUGUCCCCAAGGACUCAACUCUCCGAGAUAACAGUCUUCUCAUCCUGCCAUUCCCCCCCACUCCAAGCCAAUCCGAGGACGAGGCUGAGUCCGAGGAAGAUGUCGAGACGGACAAGUCUGAGAAAGCCGAUGCUGCUAAGGCCAAGUCCCCGUCCCCAACUCUGAAUGAGCAGUUUUUAGACUUGACUCAAGGUGAGGGGGGCGAGGUCUCAAAAGAAGAUGCCUCUUACGGGAAGACAAUAUCCGAGGCGCCUAUCGCCGAGAAGAGCCUUUACCAGACUCUUGAAGAGAUUGAUGCUGAGCUCGCGGCUGAGAAGGCUGCUGAGAAGAGUUCCCAGAUGUCUUCUGAUAACCAAACCCUUCCAGCUGAUGACGCCGAAUAG